GCAGUCUGUUUCUAUAGUUCCGCAUUUGAAGCGUGUUCUCUGCGUGCACAACAGUUACAAUUCGCGCGCACUCUGAAAUUUGGGUUCGCGGAGCUGGUUGUAAUCGAAGGUAAGUGUUGUUUUCCGACUGUUUUUUGAUUUGUCAAGCGUGAAGAUAUACGUGUGUUGGCCUUGUGUUUUAUCUUUAGAGCUUGCAUACGCUAGGCGGGAAGCGCGCGACAUGGAAAGCGAAUACGAGAGUAAGUUAUCGUUGCAUUUAUCAUUCUUCCACGUUUGUUGUGUUCAUCUGCCUUUUGUAAUGUGCAGUGCGAUGCUAUACUUUAGACGUCACCCGCUUAAACAGCACGACAAAAGUGAGUUUACCGGUUACCACGUGGUUCACCAAGUGGUUUACCACUCUUCUAGUCGCCUAAAGAUGGCUUCCAUGUCGAGAUCGACUGCUGAUCAGUCACGCCGUGCAGGCCGAUGUGCGCGCAAUCUUGGUAGCUGCUGGCGAAUCUUUUAACGCGAAGGAGAAUCUUUCACGUGCCGCUUUUACCUCCAAUCAGCCAGAAGUUCCCGAACCACCUCUGAACCGUUCGCUCAGCCAAGUUGCGAGUGCCGGCAUUUAUGGCCGCGUGCAGCCAGAAGUGUCCGAACCACCUUUGAACCGUUCCCUCGGCGAAGUUGCCAGUGCCGGCAUUUAUGGCGGCAUGCUGUAAUCUUGCGACUAGGAGUACCAUACUGGUGACAACAUGCACAGCGUUCCCGUGGAACCCGAUAACGUGCCCGACGGGUGCCACAGAUGCCUUAGCCUACACAGCAGGACACUGCAACAGAUUCUAACUCAAGUAUAUUGAAAGAACUGGAUAUCGCAUCGUUGAGAGAAGACUUGUGACAAUGAAGCUUAGAGUCAAGUGUGCCUCACGAUGCCGUCAUAAAUCUGUUAAAGGUUCUUCGCUCGUAUUCUUGCAUGUGUGAGCUACCAAGUAGCGCCAGGGUGCUUUUGUCCACACCAAGAGUGCCAAAUGUCACACUACUGCUGGAUUCUGGACAUUAUUGUCAUUUUGGUUUGCGUGAAGGGCUUCAAUCUGCUCUCAGACAUGUUUACCAUGUGCCCAAUGCCUGUGGUCUGUUUUAUGUUCAGGCUCAUCGCACAUACCAGUACCCUCAACUCUUACUGCGGCUGCAGGACCACACACGGAACCACGCAUGUUUGGUGCUUUGCACAUGUUGGAAGCUGCCAACUCUUUUACGGAACUGCAAUCCCAUGGCUCAUCGCACAUACCAGUAUCCUCAACUCUUGCUGUGGCUGCAUGGCCACACAUGGAACCGAGCAUGCUUGAUUCAUCUUACAGUCCUGGACCUGCAUAUCUGACCGGGGCUACAAGGUCACAAACAGACCCACAAGUGCUCGCUUUCAUGGAAAGGAUACAACAUGUGUUAAAUAGCAUGAAGCACACCCAGCAAGCCCAUUUGCAAUAUUUCAGCGAGCUGCUAAGUAAUGCCGACAGUGCAGCUCCGCACCCUCAUGGCCUCCCAGACCUGCCUUUCUCGAAUGUGGCGGAUGUUCUUGCGUAUGAAGAGAAGCUCGAGACAGACAGCAAAGCUCAUGAUCAAAUGAAAAAGCACAUGGCUGUACAAGGGGGAGAUUCGACGAAACAGAAAAGAACAUGUGUACUGCAGUCCCUCCUCAGCUGGAAUGCUGCAGUGGGCUUCAGUUGGUUUGGCACAAAGUGAAAGAAAAUUCUGUGAACUGCACCUCUGCAAGCUGAUGUGCAGUGAGUCAGGUGUAGCAAGCUUGAUAUCACUUGGUUUUUUGUGAAAUCUUCUGGUCAAGCAGUAUACUCAAUAUACUAGGUUGUCUAUUUAUACUUUGCUGCAAUUAGUCCUGGUAUUUACUGUCAGUUUUUAAGUGUGUAGUACUUUUGGGGCCCGGGCUGCCGUAUGCUGUCAUCGCUUGGCAUAAUGCAGGCAAAACCACGUAUAGCAUAGCCAUCUGUAGAGUAAUGAGCGCGUGAUCGCACCAAAGGGGUCUUCCUCUUGUUCUUCGAGCACC